GAUACUUAGGCUAGCAAGACGGCCUGAAUGUCUUUAACUGUACUAUUGCAGAUUUGUUGUUCCACUGCUGCCUUGUGUGAGUGCUUUAUGAUGUGACUCAUUAAUAUCUUUGUAUUCAUAGUCAUGUUAAAAACUGGCCUUUUAAAUAAGGGAUCCCCUAGUCAGGAUCCAAGGAAAAUUAAAAAUAUUUUAAUCUUUGUAGUUCUUAAAUUUUUAAGUUAUACUUUAUGCUUCUUCAAAAACAUUCAUUUAGAUUUAUAUCUGGAAUAUAAGGCUUAUACACUGAAUGAUUUUUAUUAUAUAAUAUAAGACUGAGAGAUAUGGCGCCUAAUUUAAAUUGUACAUGACUUAGGAGGUUGUAAAUUAAUGUUGUAUGUAGUCAUACUUCUUUAUUACAUUUUAAAAAUCAAUUCCAGCCAAAUCCAGUAUGUCUCUUCAUUUAGUUACAUUUACUAUUUUUUGUCUCCUUAGAAAUCCACUAUAACAAGCACUUCAUUACACCAAAGUAAUUAGUCUUUCCUAUGUUACAAUGCUUAAGCUAACACAGUUACAGUAAUCUACUUUGAUUUUGUUACCAAUUGGCCUUUUUAUUUUCCUGAUCAAAAAUGAAUAUUAAAGAUGUCAUAUUUUUUAAAGGAAAAAUUGACAGAACAGACGGAUGAAACAUCAAGAACUAUUAUCACCAUUGCUACAUUAAUAGCUGUCAAACUGAGCACCCACUGAAGGAAGACGAUCACAGACCUGUCAUUUGCUCCAUCCUUUAUAGUGAUGCUACGGGACACAGAGGAAUGGAUAAAAACAUUGGUGAGCAACUCAAUAAGGCAUAUGAAGCCUUCCGACAGGCAUGCAUGGAUAGAGAUAAUGCAGUGAGAGAACUACAGCAAAAGACUGAGAGCUACGAACAGAGGAUACGUGAGCAACAGGAACAGCUAUCAGUUCAGCAAGCUAUUAUUGACAAGCUCCAAUCACAGUUACUGCUUGUGAAUUCUAAUCGAGAUGACAGUUAUGGCUAUCUUCCCCUGCCUGAAGACAGUGGAACAAAGAACAAUCUGACUUUUGAUCAACCACAUGAUAAAGUGAAAUUAGGAGCAACGAGAGAAAAACAGUCCAAGGUUCACCUGCCAAAUGCCUCCAGCCACCAAAGCCUUGCUGGGACUGAAUCCAGGAGCUGGGAACUCAAUCCAAGUCUCCCACAGAGCUCCAUGGUAAGAAACCAAGAGCUUUCUUCUCCUAGAAAAGAAACAUCAGCAAGGAGUCUUGGCGUUCCUUUAUUCCAUGAAAGGGGUAAUGUAGAGAAGACUUUCUGGGAUCUGAAGGAAGAAUUUCACAGAAUAUGCCUGCUAGCAAAAGCACAAAAAGAUCACUUAAGCAAACUUAAUAUACCAAACACUGCAAUUGAAACACAGUGUUCGGUGCCUAUACAGUGUACGGAUAAAACAGACAAACAAGAAGCACUGUUUAAGCCUCAGGCUAAAGAUGAUAUAAAUAGAGGUACACCAUGCAUCACAUCUGUCACAGCAAGAGGACUGGGCAGAGAUGAAGAAGACACAUCUAUUGAGUCGCUAUCUAAACUCAAUGUCAAGUUUCCUCCUGUGGACAGUGACUCCACUUUCUUACACAGCACUUCAGAGCUCCCCAACAUCCUUGGUGCUGCCACAUCGGAGGCAAUGUGCCAGGACAUACUGAAUAUGGAGCUCAGAGACAAUCCAGGACACUUUGCUGACACUGAAGAAACUGCAGUGGAAAAUCAGGGAAUUGACCCCAUAGCUUCAGCUAUACAAAACCUUAAAACAACUGACAAAACAAAAACCUCAGAUCUUGUAAACAUUUGUAUCAGGACAACUCCGGAUAGAGCUGCGCGCUUGCCACCUGGAGACCAUAAUGCUUUAUAUGUAAAUACAUUCCCACCUCAGGACUCGUCUGAUGCACCUUUCCCCUCACUCAGUUCCCCAGGAAAAGCUAUCCGUGGACCACAGCAGCCUAUUUGGAAGCCCUUUCCUAAUCAAGAAAAUGACUUAGUGGUACUAAGUGGCACAGAUUCAGAACUGCAUAUACCUCGAGUAUGUGAAUUCUGUCAAGCAGUUUUCCCACCAUCUAUUACAUCCAGGGGGGAUUUCCUCCGGCAUCUUAAUUCACACUUUAAUGGGGAGACUUAAGACACAUUUGAAAACAAACAUAUCAACUUCUGUGAGAUGUUUUUGGGUUUUGUAAUACUAUAAAUACUUGAUUGUAAACUAAAUUCAAGAUCAUUUAUAGAAAAAAAUCUAGUGUCACAGCUAUUUGAAUUUUUUCUAGACUCAUUUUGUAACUUUUAUUAUCCUAUAAAAGAUCAUUAUGUAAAAAACUGUAAUUCAUUUUGGGCAUGUUUACAGUUUUAUUAUGAUUCAAAAUGCGUGAUUUAAAAGUUCUAUUACUAUAAUUUAUAUUUCAAUUCUGUAAGCUUGUUACUUGGGUUUUUAAUGAAAUUGAAUUUGGUGAUAUCAGAUUUUUAUAGGGUCCUGUUUUUGCAUUUUUAAGUUUAGAUUAUUUAUGUAUAGGUGAUGUUCUUUCUGAAUAAACCUGUAAUUGAGAAUGAGACAGCAUAAAUGUCUAAUUGUUACCCCUUAUACGCUUGUUUACCCAGUGAUAAAAUCACUGAUAGAACUAUUUAAAAACUUGAGAUUGUUUUUCAAAUAAUAGACGUGGUUUUAAUUUUUACUGUGUGUAUAGCUACAUACUUAUUAUAAAUUAAUUAUUAAAAGAAUUACUUUUAUGGGAAAUCAGUCUGUUCUUUGUUCUGAGUAAAACAAAAAUAUAUUACAUUUCAGACAAAUUUA